GCAGCGGAGAAGAUGGCGGAGUCGCUAUCGACGGGUCUGGGCGAGGAGAGGGAGACGGAGGACAGGGAGAGAGACAAGAAGCCUGCCACAGCAGCGAAGAACAAGGAGAAAGAUGGAGUCACGGAGACGCUGGGGUUCAGCGAUAAAAAUGGAGGUAGCAGGGGAAAGAAAAGCAACCUGUCAGACCUGUCUCUGGUCAGAUUUAUAACUACUGAGCUCACCAGAGGCUACUUCCUAGAACACAAUGAGGCCAAAUACACAGAGCGCAGAGAGAGGGUCUAUACAUGCCUCCGAAUCCCCAAGGAGCUGGAGAAGUUGAUGACAUUCGGCUUCUUCCUCUGUCUGGACACCUUCCUCUAUGUGUUCACGCUGUUGCCCCUCAGGGUGAUUCUGGCCCUAUUGCGACUCUUUACAGUGCCAUGCUGUGGCCUCAGCGGCUCCCGCUUGCUUCAGCCAGCCCAGGUGUGCGACGUACUCAAAGGCUUCAUUAUGGUGCUGUGUUACUCAAUGAUGAGCUAUGUGGAUUAUGCCAUGAUGUACCAUCUCAUCAGAGGACAGUCUGUCAUCAAGCUCUACAUCAUCUACAACAUGUUAGAGGUGGCGGACCGCCUGUUCUCAUCAUUUGGCCAAGACAUCUUGGACGCUCUGUACUGGACAGCCACAGAGCCCAAGGAGAAGAAGAGAGCGCACAUAGGCGUGAUUCCUCACUUCCUCAUGGCUGUUCUCUACGUCUUUCUUCAUGCCAUCCUCAUCAUGGUUCAGGCCACAACUCUCAAUGUAGCUUUCAACUCCCACAACAAGUCUCUGCUCACUAUUAUGAUGUCAAACAACUUUGUUGAGAUCAAAGGGAGCGUAUUCAAGAAGUUUGAAAAGAACAACCUCUUCCAGAUGUCAAAUAGUGACAUAAAAGAGAGGUUCACCAACUACAUCCUCCUGCUCAUCGUCUGUCUGAGAAACAUGGAGCAGUUUUCAUGGAACGCCGACCACUUGUGGGUACUGUUUCCUGAUGUAGUCAUGGUGAUUGCCUCAGAGGUUGCCGUGGAUGUUGUCAAGCACGCCUUCAUCACCAAAUUCAAUGACAUCAGUGCCGAUGUCUACGGGGAAUACAGAGCCAGCCUCGCCUUUGACCUCGUCAGCAGUCGACAGAAAAAUGCGUACACAGACUACAGUGACUCGGUAUCCAGGAGAAUGGGCUUCAUCCCGCUUCCUUUAGCUCUGCUGCUGAUCAGAGUGGUGACCAGCUCAGUGAAGAUCCAGGGUUCACUCUCCUUUAUGUGUGUGCUGCUGUUUUACUUGGGGAUGAUCACUCUGAAGGUUCUCAACAGUAUUGUUCUCCUUGGAACUUCUUGCACGUUCGUCAAAGAGGCCAACAUGGAAGAAAAGCUCUUUGACCCACCACCUUCUGUCGCCUCCAGCCGUGCAAACUCUAGAGCUCACCGGACAAAACAUGUUCACAUUUCGCCACAGCAAGAACCUACAGCUGAAAAAGGAGGAACAUCUCUGCCAUCAGACGUCUCUCAGCCCACCAACACAGCAGACAACGCUGCCCCCUCCUUCCCCAAGAGCGACUCUGACACAUUCCUGACGACUCCGGAUGAGGAGGACGAUGACAAAAUUAUCAAUGCUGACACGGGAUUGGAAGAUGGUGGACUAACACACCGACCACCCAAGAAAGACCUGCUGGAGAUAGACCGCUUCACCAUCUGUGGCAACCGAAUAGACUGAAGACCAGUGCAGCAUCCUGGCAACACUGCAGGAUUCAGGGAUCAGACAUGGGUCAUGGAGCAUGCUUAGACCUGACUUUCUUUUGUGCACCUGACCCCUCAAGUAUUUAUUUAUUUAUUGACCGACAAAACCAGCAAAGGCAUAGAGCUGUUACUACAGGCAUCAGAGGCGGCUUCAGACGUUUCCAGCUGGUCCUGUGUGUGUGUCUGAUGAGCCAAGCAGGCUCUGCCACUGAGUCAGAGUCCUCGUGGCGACGUGCUCGCUGAAGACGGCAUGUAAAACACAGGUGGCACAGACUUCUGAGAGAAAACUGCUUAUGUCAAAUCGUGUGUGUUCAGAAGCACAAUCAGUGAGAAGUUGUUUUUAGAAAGAACAAAAGUUUUUACAGUUUUUUUUUUUUUAAUUUCUAAAGGCUGAUGGAUAUUUGAAAUGAAGUUUUUAUGACAGGUUUAAAAUCUUUUUUCUAAUUGAAUCACAAUCACACGGAAGCAUUGAAAUCAUUCUGCAGACAGAAGCACCAACACACAUUUAAAGAGGCUGAACUGAGGUGACGAGGUGAGCAGCAGUGACACUAAGAAUGACUUUGCUUGGGUGCAUCAGCUUCAGUUGCAAUGUUUGGUUUGGUGACUUAGACACAAACGUUUAAGAGGUUUAAUGUCAUUUGUGUUGAUAUUGAAGCACUGAGAGGAUGUUGCGUAUUUGUAUUUAUUUUGGGGUGACCUCACAGGUGGACAGGAGACUUUUUAUUUUUUUAAAUGUGCUUCAUUUGUACCCUUUUCAUUCAAGCAUGUAACCUACAGAUAAUCAUGACGAAAGCACAAGCAUAUAGCAUUUUCUUCCGUUUGCUUUUUGAUGUUGGGAACCGAUCUAACAUGUUUUCUCAUUCCUCGCUAUUCUGAGUGAGAGUGGACAAAAAGAAAAUCACAGGAAAGACUUCAUUGUAUGCAGAUACAUUGUUUCAGGUUACCAGGAGAAAGUAGAGUCAUAACAGCACUAUAACCACAUGAAACCAGUGAACCCAGGAAAUUUCAUCAUCAUAUCAUCAGUGCCCGUCAGUGCUUUGUAUGUUGUUGUUCGGCUUCUGGUUUGGAUUUUUGGAAGAGGGUGACGCUACAGUAGAUUGAUCUUAAAUGCUGUGAAAGAUGCUCUUCAGUUAUUUGAGCUGAUCAAAUCCAACUAAGCCACAGGUUUUUCCUUUCCUUUUUUAAAAAUUUUUUUUUAAAUAAUUUCUUUGUAAUCCAAACAUACUUGCUGGCCAAAACUAGCAUGUCAGUAAACAGAGUGUAAGUUUUGUCUGUGUUGGAGAUAGUUUAUAUCUUUUUAUGCAAAAUGAUUCAUUUAUAUUUUCUGACUAAAGUAGAUUUACAAAAGAGUUGGAACGUGUGCUUACUAGAUCUGACUCCAAGAGGUCGGAGCAGUAGGUGCAAAGGACCACAAAAUGACCAGCUGCAGUUAGGUCCAUAAUUUGUAGGACAAUGACAAUUUUUGUAGUUGUGCCUCCUUCAGCUUUAAUUCAAGGGGAUUUACAAAACAUUUUCCAUGACCUGUUUAGGAAUUAGACAUUUUUAUGCACAGUCCUCCAUUUUCAUUCCAAACUUACUUUGAAUUAAAGCAGAAAGUCUGCACUUCAGUCACAUCUUGAUUGUAUGAUUUUAAAUCCACUGUGGUGGUGUACAGAGGCAAAACUACAAAAAUUGUCAUCCUACAAAUUAUGGACGUAACUGUAUUUGUUUUGUUUUAAAGAAAAAGGAGGUUUAGCUUAACUGUGACCAAUGAGGGAGGUCCAUGAGAGAGACAGCUGGGGGCUACAGAGUCAUGGUCAGUACAGUGAGGGAAAAAAACAAAACUGCAUACUGGUGAGAGAAGGCGCGUGAAUGCAUCAUUAUAGUGUGUGUGUGUGUACUGUAUGUGAGAGGUAGUUUGCAAUGUGUGUGUAUGGAUCUCUACCUAAAGAUGUACAAUAUGUAUGAAUCAGUUUUUUUCUUCCAUGUAUAACUCUCAUUUGUGUAAUUAUCUCCUUACACAGUAGAAGGAGAAUAAAA